UUCAUCUGUUUGCUUUUUGCCUUCGUUUCGUUCGCUUCAAUUUGCUCGCUCGUCGGUACGCGCAUGCCAUAAUCUAUUUUGCCAAUACGAAUAUUGUAAAACAUCAAAAUAGGAGCGUGGAUUUUUCAAGAAACACGUAGUUUAUUGUGUUUUGUUGUUAGCGGUGUGGCCGCAGAAUAACCAGCCGAAAAUACAAUCAUUUUUCCAUAAUACAUCUAAUCGCUUGGGUCAGUGAUUGCGAAAAAUCAGGUUACGGGACCUUCUCGUCUGAUCGAUUUUGCGUGCAAUUUGUUGCCGUUUUGUUUGAUUUGUUCGCGUGGAUACUUGUAUGCUCGCAUAUAUUUGCGAACUUAACUUUACCAAUAGCGUGGAAAAGUGAUAUUUCCAUGAGACAAAAUUAAUUAUUUAAAUUUGCUAUAAAUAUCUUGCGUUCGAGUGAUAACAAAAACAAUUGUUUUGUUGGCAUUCUUCUACAAAGAUUACGCGUUGUGGGAUUUGCGAAUUGGCAACUCGUUUGCCCAUGAAAUAGCAGCGGAAAAACAACAAAAUAGCGCCUGUGAUUGUGGCGCGCAUAAUAAAUAUUAUUAAAAGAGAUAAAAUUUGCAUAUUCCAAAGCAUUUCUCAUCAGCAUCCAACAGCGCUUUUGAACGCUUUGUGAUUAUUCGUAUACAAAAAAUUGCAAAAUGUCUGCAGCAGUCGCAUCAGCACCAGCGACAACGACGACAAAAACUGUAAACAAUGCAACAUCGUCAGCUACCAACAACAACAACCGCAAUAAUAAUUUAACUAAAACAACAGCAAAAUCUUCAACUACUAGCGGCGAUACGACGAGUAAAGCAGCAAAUAAAAUCAACAAUAAUAACAAUCAGAAAACUGGCUACAGCAGCAGCGGUGGAGGCGGUGGCAACGACACCAACGACAGCAAACAGCAACGCCUCAAAUACAUUGCGAAUGUAGUGCGCGCUCUGGUGACAUCACGCAAACCACCGUGCAAAUUGCGCGAGGUACUACGCGAGUAUCCAGACAUCGAAGGUGAACCAUUGAAUUUUCGCAAACUUGGCUAUCCCACGGCCAAGGAUUUGUUGAAGGCGACUGGCGAGUUUAGUUUUACGCAAUAUGGUGAAGAGACAUACAUAAAUGCCGCACCUAGCUCAAAAUCGGCACACAUAUCGUCUAUGGUGAGACAGCAGAAGGCGAGCAAAUCGACACGGAUCAAGGUGGCACCACAAGUGAGACAACCGAAACGCUCCGAUCAGAGUUGGAACAAGAGCAGCUACUCAUCAAACGUCUUCCAGCGUUUGCGGACGACGGGUCAACAACAGCAGCAACGUUGGCGCAGUAAUGCGACAGUAGCGGCGGCGGUAGGAACAGGGGUUGGUGAUCGCAAUAACAACAAUAGUCAGCAGCAAAACAAUAAUAGCCGUAAUAACAUAGGGGCCGUCGGCUUACAAACGCAACAGAAAGAGAAAGAGAAGGAGAAAACGCAACUGCAAAAGCAAACACAGCCACAGACACAACAAAAGGCGCAGCAGCAGCCGCAACAACAACAACAACUGCAACCACAGAAAACCCAGCAACAGCAGAAGCAACCAGCUCAGCAGCAGCAGACGCCCUUGCAGCGUCAAAAGUCGGUCGGAUCGACAAAUAAACCGGCUGUCGGUAGCGAAAAGAAGGAUCUACGCGAAAUGUUGAACGCAAAGGCGGCGCAACAACAAUCAAAUGGCGGUGGCGCAGCCAACAAUGGCAAUAAAAUGCCCGCCGGUCAGCCAGAUUUGCGUGAACGCCUGAACGCGAAAAGGCAGCCGCAGCAACAACAGUCACUCCCAACGCAACAACAAAAGCAGCAGCAGCAACAGCAGUCAUCAUCACCGCGCCCCAUUUUGGGGCAAAAUAACAAUUCGGCAAUAGCGAUUGCUUCCACAUUGAUAUUGGCGCAGCGCGAACAAAAAAUACAGGAGCAACAUCAGCAACAGCGCGCACAGUUGUUAGCGGCACAGCAAUUACGUCAACAGCAGCAACAACAAAAGCAACAGCUGAUACAACAGAACUUGUUGAAGCAACAAGAACUGCAAAUGCAAGCAAAACAAAAGCUGCAGGCUCAACAACAACUGGAAGUGCAACAACAAAUGCAAGCGCAACAACAGCUGGAAGCGCAGCAGCAACUUCAGGCGCAGCAGCAGCAAAUGCAGGCGCAACAGCGGCAAAUGCAGGCGCAAAAACAGCAGCUGCCGGCCCGACAAGUAAUGAGCGGAGGUGGCAUUGCACAGUCAGGCGUUGGCAUUGGCUCCGUGCAAGAUCGCUUGCGUAUUCGUAUUAAUAAUAAUCACAAUGGAAAUGAUUUCGCUGCGUCAUCGUCGACUGGCAGCAACACGCCGGAAACGUCUCCAGCGCUAUCAUCGGCUGGCUCUGACAAACUGACGACGCCAAGUCCAUUUGUUGGUUCGGCGGCAAUGCAGCAGCUGCAGCAACAACAACAACCACUAUUCCAUAAGCAGCGCUACAUAGUGAAACAGCAGCAGCUGCAGCAACAACAACAGCAACAGCAGUUUGGCGAGGCCAAUGGCCAGAACGUCAUACCACCACGCGUUUUCCAAUUCAACCCCAAACUCGAUCCUAUCACAUCGCUGACACAGUAUUGUGUGGUACGCCGUUAUGCGCCUCCUGCUUUUAGCGCAAUACGUUCGAAAUUCUCACGCCUCUAUCAGUGUCGUGUCAAUGUGAAUGGCACCAUCUUCUCAACAUACCCCAAUGAAUAUUUGCAUGAACAUCUGGCACAAAUUUCAUGUGCACAAAAAGCUAUUGAGCUAUUGAAAUUGCAAGAGGCAAGACGUCCAUUGCCGUUGUUUUCGGAGGGUGAUGCCGAUCUUAUUGAUAAACUCUACAAUGAGUUGCACCUACAUCCACAUGGCAUAUUUGCUAAAAAUAUACCCGAAAUGUUCGAGGAAGCGUACCAACAGGCAUUGCCAGAACAUUGGUGGACAUUAGUGCAAACGUCGCCCAGAUUCACUACAGAAUCGGCAACCAACAAUGCUGUGAUUGUGUUUGCUAACGAGGAGGCAGACAAAGACAAAGCUGGCGCUACCGGUGAAAUUAUACAAAUGGAUGGCAUUGCUCUACCCUGGAAGCAAAAGUAUUGGCAAUUAUACAUCACAUACUGCGCUUCGACGGUGGAUGUGUGGGCGCGCUUAUUCGGCAAGGAGUAUAGUGAACGUUUCGAUGCAGUUAUGAGUGAAAUCGAUACGCACAUGGCCACACAAAAGACACGUCCACUAUCGCUCGCCUGCAAAAAUAUCUACCUGGUGUGCAUCAACGAAUGCUGGCAUCGAGUGCGCGUCGAGGAGCUGGAUAAACCGAAUGCAACAGCGCGGUGUUUCUUCAUCGACUAUGGCGAUAGCGAUUGGGUGGCCGUCAGUGAGUUGUACAUUUGUGAGGCACAAUUUUUACGUUUGCCUGCGCAAGCAGUGCCCCUAUCACUAUUCGGUUUGGAGGAUUUCGCUGGUAAUCCGAAUGCGCGACGCCAUCUUGAUACGAUGUUGUCAAGCAAAUCAGUGGUAGGUGAGAUUUUGACCAAAGAGAGCGAUUUUUACAAUACAGAAUCGAGCGCCUGUGGUAAAAUCCAAGUUGUGUUGUACGACACCUCAACCGAGGAGGAUGUGAAUUUGAAUCCCUUAUUGCUGAGCCAGAUUUGCGAUGACACACCGCCUCCGGAGAUUAAGCAUAAGGGCGCUACGAAUGUGCUGGUGUCGCAUGUGAGCGAAGACGGUGAUUUGUAUUUGCAGAUACUAAAUAGUGACUUCAAAUAUGUGCAGAAAUUAAUUCAACAACUCAUCGAGUCGAAGUUCAAACGCGAACAACAUAAGAUCAGUGCCAGCGAUUUGAAGCGCUCUAAUCUCUUCCUGAUUUGUGAUGAUACAAAUGGCAGCGAGACACAAUGGUAUCGUGGCGCACUAACCGACAUGCCGAGCUAUAGCGCUGAGGACGAGGAAUUUGAUAUAUUCUAUGUGGAUCAUGGUAUAACCCGACGAACGCACAUUUCAAAAAUAUUCCGGUUGGAAUCAUUGAGCACAGCGUUGAGCAAAUUCCCACGACAAGCGAUACGUGCACGUCUACACAAUAUACCGCCCAUAACAAAGAGCAUUGUGGGACGAAUGCGCGCUUUGCUGCCAGCCAAUUGUGCUACGUUUGUAAAAAUGAACAAACCCGGCAAAUUGCCGUAUGUAACAGUCUAUCGUCGCCAUGAGAGUUCGGAUAUGUUGUGCAAUAUAAACGAGGAUAUACGCAUGGAAGCCGAAUUAGAGUGUUCUACGGCUUCUAAUGGUGAAGAUGAUGAUGUACCCGUUAAUGGCAAACACUAUGGACUCGCUAAGAAUGCUAGUGGCGGUAGCCUGAACUCACCUACAACUCAACAAACAUUUGUCGAAAUGACACGCGGUCUGACGAUCACUACUUCAGUGCCAAAUUCACCACAAAAGGUAGCUGAGCUGCCAAAAUUACAAAACUACGAUGCGAUACCACGUGAUCCAAACGAUUUUCUGGAAGUGCGUGUCACAAUGUCGGCGAAUCCUUCAAAUUUUACGAUUCAACCCUACAAAGACUAUCCACGCCUUCGUGAUCUGAUGAAGGAGUUGCAAGAGUACUGUGAAAAUAAUGAUGAAUUCAUACCGGCUGAUAUGGUGGAAAUAGGACAGGCUUAUGCGGCCAAGAAUCCGGAUGGUUUCUAUCAUCGCGUUGUUGUGGUGAACACCUACAAUGGUGAUAUGAUACACGUUUGUUUCUGUGAUUUCGGUGAUAUAGCUAUUUUACGUAGCGAUCAAUUGAAAAUAUUGCCAGCCAAAUAUCGUCAAUUGCGAAAAAUGUCGAUUCAAGCUAAAUUGCAUGGCAUCACCGCCACGCAUGGCGACUGGAGUCUGGAAGAUUGUCUACGCUUCCGUCAGUUAACAGUCGGUCAAAAAUUUGUAGCGUCUAUAAAACGUAUUACAUAUGAUAAGCUAGGUUCACCUGACACACCAAUACUCGAGCUGGAAUUGAUUGAUGUGACUACAGAUGAAGAUGUCUAUAUACAUGAGAUAUUAUUGAAGGAGCAACGUGCGAUUAAAAAUGGUGAAGUCAAAAGUAACUAAAGCGGGACUGUUGCUAUUGGACAACACACACUCAGACUAAAAGAAGAAGAGCGAAAAAAGCUAUUUCUUAACUGUAUACUAGAUUUUAAUGUAGGUUAGCGAAGGCAUUUUUUGUUUAUUAUUUGCCUUUUGAAGGCCUUUUGAUUUCGUGUGGAUCUAUUUUUUUCUACUGAUUUUAAAGAAAUUUUUAUUUCAGAAUGGAAAAAGAGGAUAAGUACGUUGAACGUUAAAAUAUUUAUGCGGAUGAAGCGUUGUUCUUUUGAAAAAAUGCGUUUUUUCACAAUGGCGUUUUCAUUUCUACCAAAAAAAAAAAUGUUUCCUUCCAACGUGCUCUUCGCACAAAUACUAAGGAGAAGCCAAUGAAAAGAACAUGUUUUGUAGAAAAGAAAACCACGUAAAGAAAAAGUAUCGCUUCUUUCUGAUUUGCGUAUUCGGGAGAAAAGUUAACUUGCACACAUUGCAAUCAUGCGUUCCUCGAACUAUGGUUUUUGCUGACUUUAGUUUAAAAAUUUCGCAUAGCGCUUCUGCUUUUUAAAUCAUAAUUAUAUUUUUGGUUAAUCGUUAUUUUUUGAAAUUCGUUGAAUUAAUCUCAUUACUCUAACAAGCAUUACACUUAAAUUGAAAUAAAAAUCUAUACUUUAAAUAUUCGUUUGAGCGUGAAAGUCACAUUCCGUACAUUAAUUCUCAUACACAAUACAUUUACGCGUUUUGUUGACAUUUUUUUUAUUGAGCUUAGUCAUCUUAGCUAUUAACUCUUUGCAAGCGUUGAACUCUUCUAACGAAAUUAACUAUUUUUUAAUUAUAAAAUUAAAAUAAAUUAAUUACCAAACGAAAUGAGACUUCGACAAAUAUGCGCGAUUUUUGUAAGCAUACGAAGAUAUUACGAUUUAUUAUUUUUCUUUUUAAAAUGUUUAUAACGAAGUAAUUUAGUAUUUAAAUUAUUAUUAAUGUUAUUUUAUGUAAUACACGCGUAUUACUAAAGAUAUAAAAGUGAAAUAUGUAAAAAAAAACGAAAAUUAAAGAUAAUUAAAGAAUGAAAAUUUAAAUCUAGUGCGUAAAUAAAAUGGUUCGUUUAAAGAAGUGUAGUCGCUGAGACCAAAUGAUAUUGUUAUUUGCUAAAAAGGUCAUUUUGGCAAAUAUUGUUAGCUACUAGCAACAAACUAUUAUUUUUGCUGCUAUGAAUUUGAAAUAAAUUAUUUUUUUAUUACUGACAUCGGUAAUUUGUGACAAGACGGAUAAGGAUAAUCAGCAAGGCAUUAAAAAAUCACGUAAUUAAAAGAGAAACGAAAGAUUUAAGAGUAAAACGUAAUAAAUGUUUACCAUUAAAAUGAAACAAAAAAAUCAUGAAAAAUUCCCGAAAAUGUAAUAAAUAUGAAAAUAUAAAAUCUAUCCCUGAAGACAAAUAUCCAUAUAUUAAUUCUACCAUAUUAAAUAGACAGUUUAUUUGUGUUUUAUGAGCAUAGAAGUUGAACAAAUGCGGUAAAUUGAACUAAAAUUCAACAUAACCAAAAAAAACAAAAAAACAUUUAUCCUGGUAUUUUCACCUGCGCAGCGAAUAAAUUUGGCGAAGCGCACGGUUUGCUGAACACACCUAAAAUUUGCAUAAAGAUCGUUCGCCACGCAAAGCAAUUUGUAAAAUCAAAAGAACUUUGUACAAGCGAACACUCUUAAUAUAAAUUUAAGGUGUGUUCGCCAAUCUGUUCUCUCGCAAGUGCCAAUACCAGCUUUAUAUAUUAAAUAACCAGACAAAUUGUUAAAUGUAAUUAAAAAUAAAUUUAAAGAGAGAAAUAAAUCAUUUGAAAGUUAAAAUAACUUCCAAAUUCAUACAAAUCACAGACGGCUUUUCACAGAACUAAUUACUUAGUUUUGUGGGCUAAAACUAAAAUGGCAUCAGCAAAACACUGCGCUUUAGUGCUAAGGGCCAGUUUUUCAGUGGCAGUUUUAACUUAGAUCUGGAACUGAGAACUGAAAAACUGGCCCUAAGAAACAACUUUUCAGCGAAAAAGUUUUCCCAAUAUAAAGACAAUUUAUACUUCUUUAACACAAUGUUCUUGCAGCAAUUUUAAUAACUAAGCAUUAUAAUUUACAAAAGCAAUGAUUGGUUUUAUAACCCUCUUUUAAAGAGAUUACUAAGCUUUUGCAAAAUGUAUACCAGUUACAGCUAUUUUACAACUACUAUAAAUGAUAUUUUCUUCGUAAAACCUUUUGUGGCAUUUUGUUCGACUUUUUUUGCUCAAUUCAGACGCAAUUUUUCAAUAUGCAAAUAACCCAACAUACUUACCUAGUGUGUAAGCCUCAAAAUUAAUAUAUGUACAUACAUACAUACACAGAUAUGUCCACAGAUAUACAUACAUUCUGCAUAUGCAUAUGUAGCAUAUUCUUCAUAUGCAUAUGUAGCUACAUAUAAAGUAUCUACAGGGGUUACCCACGAUCCGGUGCAUACUGUCUAGCAUGGUGCAUGUUUGGACACAUGAAACAACAACAAAAUUUUCCAAUCAUGCAAUCUAUGCAAUAUGCUAGACAGUAUGCACCACAUCGUGAAUACCCCUUACCUACUUCCAAACACCGGCAUACAUACAUAUUCUAUAUGCAAUAAAAUGAAGAUCAAUGUGCAAAACGCAAA